AUGAGUGCUGGGUGGGGAAGCGGAACUUCAUCAAAUGAUCACGUAAUAUACGGCGAGAAUGUAGCUGGAGAAACAAAUGAAGCCCCGAGUAACCACAGCAACGAUGGCGUGGUGGCUUGGGGCUCCCACCCCUCGCGAGUGGGCGAUGGCGGCGAUCAACCGGGGUGGGUCUCAGAAAUCAAAAGAGAGCCUCGGAGGAGUUGUAUCGUCUCAACGGGAUCGCCCCGAAAGGCGGGAUCUCAGCGUGUGCAAAUUGGCUACUUUGGCGAAGAUGCGAGCUCCAGGAGUGGAGCGGGAAGGGGUUCAAGCAUGCCGGAAUGCAUUCAGAACACACUGAAUCGGGCCAUGUCGCAUGUGAGAAUUGGGACGAGGCGCUCCCGCCGUUCUACCGCCCCUCGAGAUUCUGUACUUGCGUCCAUUCCAACCUUUGAUAUACGAGAGCGUAUGACGCCUGCGACUGCAAAGGAACUGAGACGCAUUUAUCAGCUGGAAGAACCGGUGGACGAAGGCGUUUGGUCUUAUCUCUCUUGGAUUGCAAGGCUUGAGGGGGUGGCUAUGUGUAUCAUUACCGUAUGGACAAUUUGGUUCUCGCCGUUUUUUGUGGCGUUCUGCCGUGCAUAUUCCUUCUGCCUCACGUUGCUAUGCGUAGACGUGGUUCUUGACUUGUUAUAUUUGGUUGGCGUUGGUUUGGAGUUGAACAUCAGCGUCAUUGACCGGGAGCGCAGGACGGAAAUCCAACAUAGAGAAAGCGUAAUCGGCAUUCAUCUACAUUCUGCCACGUUCUAUUUUGACAUUUUGUCUUGCUUGAUAUCGCCAUUCCUGUUCGGACAGAGGGAGAGUGGCGUUUUAUUUAUAAUGCUAGCAAAAUACGUCCGCGUGCACCGCAUUAUUUGGUGGCCUCCCUGCACUGAUAGGAUUCGCCGUGUCCCCUGGUUCCAAGUAAUAUGGCUCAUUCUCAUUCUCGUCGCCGUUAACCAUAUUGUUGGAUGCGUGUUUUUCAUGUUGGUUGAAGCUCAAGACCUGUGGGAGCGCCAUGUAGCCCUGCUUGACCCUCCCGUUGAUGAGUAUGCAUUUAGCUUCGCCUACGGCAUCAACUUCAUCCACGGCCAAAUCUCUAAAGCUGACAUUUUAUCGCCCAGCGAGCUCUUAUUGUAUUGCAUCGUCGCCCCCUUCGGCACCCUUAUUUCUGCCAUGGCGUUUGGUGAAAUUACGGUCUUCUAUCAACGGUUAAAUCUUCUUGAGGGACAACACUCCGACGACAUGGCCUUCUCCACCGAAGCCAUGCGCAUCCUACGUGUCCCAGCAGAGAUGCAGAAGCGAGUAGAUCAAUAUUUCAGAUAUGUCCACUCAAGCAGGGACACAUUUGCUCUCACGAAGCUCAUGAGCUCCUUAAAUGAACCGUUGCUCGAAGAAUUAAAACUUCAUCUCUACAAAGGUCUUCACUGUGACCCAGAGUUUACCAAGCAUGUCGUUAUGAGACUGGAAGACAAGAUUUACUCUCCAGGAGACUACAUCAUCCGCGCUGGCCAGGAAGGAGACUGCAUGUUUUUUAUUAUAAAAGGCAACGUAGAGGUGCUUUCCGCUGAAGGCAAGGUCAUCAUGACUAAGUCCGGUGGAGAUUACUUUGGGGAGCUGGCCCUCCUAACAGUAGGUGAGGCCUAG